GUUCUAUUUCUAUACUCCUAUGCACAUCAGUCUCCUUUAUUACCUGACUUGUUAGACAUCAAAGCAGCGGGUUUUCGUCCGUCGGCGAGAGACAUCGGUUGUCGCUUGUAAGAGGAUCUUAAACAGUAUCGAAAACCGCGGAAGCACAUAAAGAGAGUCCGAGAUAUCUUUGGUGAUCGAAAAUGGCGGAUGAAAGUUUGCCUUCGCAUAGAAGAGACCCUAUCAAGUCUUCAGUUGGAAAUGUAGCGGCGCAUCGAAGACGACAGUAUGCGGUUACAGUUGGCAAAGAAAGAAGAGGAGCAUUAGUACGCGCCAAGCGUCUUUGCAGAGAUGGCGUUGUUGAUGAUAAUGACAUUUCUUUGGUUAAAGAUAUGGUGACUAGCGAAGAGGAUGCAGCUUUGGAUGCUUUAACUUCUCGUGCUGUAGAAGAUUUAAAAUCUGCUAUUUUAUACCAGGGAAAAGGUGCAAUGCAGAAGAAAGUGGAGGCCCUUCGGGAGUUAAGACGCUUGUUAUCAAAUUCUGAAUUGCCUCCUGUUGAAGCAGCACUUAAAGCUGGAGCAGUACCUGCUCUUGUUCAGUGCCUUUCAUUUGGACCACCAGAUGAACAGUUGCUUGAGGCAGCCUGGUGCCUUACAAACAUAGCAGCAGGAGAACCAGAACAAACAAAGGCCUUGUUGCCUGCUUUACCACUGCUAAUUGCUCAUCUUGGAGAGAAGAGCUCCAUGCCUGUUGCUGAACAAUGUGCAUGGGCACUGGGAAAUGUUGCUGGUGAAGGAGAGGAGCUAAGAAAUAUUUUGUUGGCGCAAGGAGCUUUACCACCCCUCGCAAGAAUGAUGCUGCCAAAUAAGGGUUCAACUGUUAGAACAGCUGCUUGGGCCUUGUCAAACCUAAUCAAGCUUUUUAGUGUAAAUUCCUUGCAUAAUCUUGUCUGUUAUGUCCUUGUUGUAUCCGAUAUCAUAGUUCAUAACAGCCAAGAAUCAGAACAUGCACAAAACUGUUCUCCUGUUAAUAGUUUUAUUUUAGAGGUCUGGCUAUUUGAUGCAAUCGACUUUUUAAAAAUGUCAUCUGUACAGGUUUUCAUUGUGAAUCUAUGA